AUGUCAGGGGACAAAGACUCAGAUGGAGACAGUAAUGUGAUACCUACAACCCUAAAUGAAACAGAAGAGUCAAAGACUCAAUGCUUCGCAUCAUCUCAACCCAACAAUACUAGCUUCACAUUUUUAUACGAAAAACCUUGUAAUGCUAUAAUUCUCGCUGACCGUAAAACCCAAGAAGCACUCUUCUGUUAUUGUAAUUUUGGUAAAGUUCUCAUUCAAAGACGUAGUGAAUUGGCAUCAGAAAAACAAGUUGAUCCGGAUUCUAAUGCAGUUAGUAGAAUUUUAAAUAAGGAAGUUCGCGCUCAACUCCCUGCAAAUAUUUCUGACGCGCUUUUAUGGAAGAUAAUCGAAAAGGCUAAAAAGCUCUACAAACUUUUCAGUGUAAUAGAUAACGUAACAUUUGACUAUAGUAUUAAGAUAGAACCCACCCUAAAAUCCGAAUUCCCUGAACCGAGUUCAGGAAGUGAUCAGCAAAUUUCUUGCGAAAAAGAAAAUAAAGAUUCAGAAUUUUUGGAAACAGAGGUAGGCACUACAUUCAUUCCCUCUGUCCCAUUGUUUCAUACCUCCAAUUCGGAAGAUAUUAUGAGUGAGGAUAACAAAUAUUUACCGGAGGAAGAGGAUAAUAAUAUAAGCGAGAAAGCCGAAUCUUUACUAGAGGGAGAGGAAGCUAUCUGGAAUUUUCGCAGCGACAUCAGGGCCAUUGCGCGAGCAAUAUUAACCAGAAGUCACUUAGAUAUAGACAAGUUUGUUCCUAGAACAAAAAAAAAGCCAGACCAAUUUGCUCAGAGUGGCUUGAUUCGAUUUGAACGAAAAAAUGAGGCACCAAGAGGAUACUUCACUGCACC